UCCCGACUGACUCAUCGUGAAUACUGCCGCGGGUGAAGAAGAAGUAGAAAACUCUAAAGGCUCUAAGCUAUGUGGUUAAUGAAUAUUUCAGCAAUUUCUAGGGUUUCUACUGUGACUUCUACUCUUCCUCAUCAGGCUAAAACUCCAUCGAGCUUUUCUUCCCGGAAGUCAAGGAGUUUCAACUGCAAAAGAUCGUCGGCACCUCAAUUCUACAAAAGCCAUUUUGUGACUUGUUCAGCUUUAGGUGAUGAAAAUAGUCCGCUCGGGCUUGAUGUGCCAUUUCCUCGGGAUUACUCUGAGCUAAUCGAACAAGCCAAAGAAGCGGCUGUAUUGGCUUUUAAGGAUGAAAAGCCAUUGAUGGAGAUUGAAUUCCCCACUGCUGGACUUGAAUCAGUACCAGGUGAUGGGGAAGGAGGAAUAGAAAUGACCGGAAGCAUGCAAAUGAUCCGAGAAUUUUGUGACUGCUUUAUAACUUCAGAAAAAGUAACUCGGACCAGAAUCUUUUUCCCAGAGGCAAAAGAAGUAGAGUUUGCUAGAAAAUCAAUAUUUGAAGGAGCUUCAUUCAAGCUAGAUUAUCUUACUAAGCCAUCUUUUUUUGAGGAUUUUGGCUUUGUUGAGAAGGUCAAAAUGUCAGACCGUGUGAAACCACAAGAUGAAACAUUCGUGGUUGCAUAUCCGUACUUUAAUGUUAAUGAAAUUCUUGUAGUCGAAGAGCUUUACAAAGAAGCUGUAGAGAAACAAUCUCGCAAAAUGAUUAUAUUCAACGGAGAACUUGAUCGUAUAAGAAGCGGGUAUUAUCCACCAUUUUUCUACCCAAAGUUGGGGGCACUUACUAAGACCUUCUUGCCAAAGGUAGAGACUAUUUAUUAUAUUCACAAUUUUAAAGGGCGCAAUGGAGGAACACUUUUCAGGUGCUAUCCAGGACCUUGGAAAGUCCUACGACAAUUAAAUGGCAAGUAUGUGUGUCUGCACCAGCAGAAAACAAUGCCAUCUCUAAAAGAAGUUGCGCUGGAUAUUCUCACAUCGACUCAAUCUUUUAAAUCUCUUCUAUAGAUACAAAGAUGUGUAACAUAUAAUGGGAGUUCAUGGUUUCCUGAUUCCCAAACAAUUCAUGGUGAAAUCAUCCGUUUGGCAGAUUUAAACCUGCAUUGCUGAUAAUCACGCUCCAGCUAAAUAUAUUAAUUUUUCUGGUGGAAGCAAAGGUCUCUCUUCCUCAGGUUUCUCAUUGAAAUUUGCAUAUUGCAUGUCCAAGCUCCACCUACAAGUUCAGUGUCCUCAUUUCACAUUCCAUUUUCGUUGCUUUCGAAGGAGCCAAGGCACGGCUAAUUCUAGCUGCACCUCAGUGAAAUAUAAGUUAUCGCUUUGUUCAAUUUUCAUCUUUGGAGCUUAAUGCUUUACCCUAAAACUCAAGUCAGGAAAACAAAAUCAGUCAAGGGUUGUUGUGUUUCACAUGUAUAUAACUAACAUAUACUUUCAGUUGGCAACUGUUUUAUUAUUUUUAGAUAGAUUUCCUAUAUGCCUUUAUCUUUUA